AUGGGCCCCUGUACCGCCUCCUCAUGCUGCUGCCAGGCCCGUAAUCUGUCAUGGGCCCCCGUACCGACUCCUCAUGCUGCUGCCAGGCCCGUAAUCUGUCAUGGGCCCCUGUACCGCCUCCUCAUGCUGCUGCCAGGUCCAGAGUGUGUCAUGGGUCCCUGUACGGCCUCCCAUUGCUGCUGUCUCCAUCGCCACACUCUGCCAUGUGCCACUUUCAGGUCUCCUCACACUGCUGGUGGGUUCCAUUUUGUCAUAGGGUGCUGGCAGAUUACGGGCCUCCCAUUGCUGCUGCCAGGCCCGUAAUCUGCCAUGGGCCCCCGUACCGAUUCCUCAUGCUGCUGCCAGGCCCGUAAUCUGUCAUGGGCCCCUGUACCGCCUCCUCAUGCUGCUGCCAG